AUGGCGGAACCUAUUGAACCACCCGUUACUUUCUCUGAGGUUGCGACUCCAGACGAAUCAUCCACCGCCACAGAAGUCUUCAAUUCCGUCAAAGUAUCGCUCGCCGACUUGUGCGCGAAAGGGACAGCUCAAUAUGCGCACAAGAAUUACGAUGAAGCUUCAGACCUCUUUGCGCGAGCUUCGGAGUUACAGGCUGAGCUGAAUGGAGACAUGUCACCCGACAAUGCUGAGAUUCUGUUUCUAUACGGUCGCUCCCUAUUCAAAGUUGGGCAAAGCAAAAGCGACGUUCUAGGUGGUAAAGCGUCGGGGGAGAAGAAGAAAAGCAGUGGAAGCGCGAAACCAAAGAAGACGGAGGAGUCAGAGCGCCAGAAGAUCACCGAAGCAGGCGUAGGAAUUGUAGCGGAGCAAAAUGGUGGUGCGAAAACCGAGGAUGUCGAUGCUAAGAAGCCACUGUUCCAGUUUACAGGCGACGAAAACUUCGAGGAUUCUGAUGAUGAUGAUGCAGAAGAAGCGGGUGACGAUGAGGAAGAGGAAGAGGAUGAUCUUGCCGCGGCAUUCGAGGUCCUAGACCUUGCUCGCGUGCUUUUCGAAAAGCGAUUAGAAGCGCCAGAAGAUGGUGAAGGAAAAGGGAAAGAGACUGGAGAUCCGCCAAUGACACGGCAUCUUAAGGAAAGAAUUGCAGAUACUCAUGAUCUACUAGCGGAGAUCUCUCUGGAGAAUGAGAGAUUCCCAGCGGCAGUAUCUGAUUCUCGAGCCUCCCUUCUUUACAAGCAGCAACUUUAUCCUGAAGAAUCAGAAAUUAUAGCUGAAGCACAUUUUAAGCUCUCGCUUGCCUUAGAAUUUGCAUCAACGACAAAUGAAAAAAAAGAAGGUGACGAGGAACAAAAUUCGACCGAGGAUGAAGUCGCAGCUGGUCAAGCACUUCGAGAUGAGGCAGUCAAAGAAUUGCAAGCCGCUAUCAACAGUACAAAUCUCAAACUACAGGCAAAGGAAGUUGAAUUGGCAACUUGUCAUUCACCAGAUGACAAUGAAAUCACGAGAGCUCAAAUUGUGGAUGUCAAGGAAAUCGUUGCUGAUAUGGAGAACCGACUCGCCGAAUUGAAGGGAGGUCCGGUUGAUGUAGAUGGUCUCAAAUCCGCUCUUGGAAUGUCAGGUGGUAACUCAAUGGGUGGAAUUCUGGGAGCGACAAUCGGAGAAUCUCCAUCGGAAGCAGCAGCUCGAAUUGAAGAAGCAAAGAAGGGUGCUAAUGAUCUCUCGAGCCUUGUAAGAAAGAAGGACAAGAAGGAUACAGUUGAGGAUGACGCGACUGAGGUGAUGAAUACGAACGGAAAGAGAAAGGCCGAAGAUGAACCUGAAGAGGACUCCGAGUCAUCCAAAAAGGCCAAGGUUGAGGAUGCUGCUGAAUAG